GGUUCUUCAUGGCUUGCUGGCCUUUAUUCUACGCAGUGAUAUACUCAGAAUGGCCGAUGAUAACCAACAACGAGAGGAUGACAUCUUUGAGGACGAAGAGGAAGUCGAUGAGUCUAGCUACAAAUCUGUCAAAGAUGCCAUCCUCUUCGCUAUCGAAGUCAGUGACUCUAUGCUAGCUCUUCGACCGUCGUCGGAUCCAAAGAAGACCAUUGUCGAAUCGCCGACUACCGCAGCUCUGAAGUGUGCAUAUCACCUUAUGCAGCAGCGAAUCAUAUCCAACCCUCAUGACAUGAUAGGUGUGCUGCUGUACGGCACGCAAGCAUCCAAGUUCUAUGAUGAAGAUGAAAACACCCGUGGCAACCUAUCAUAUCCGCACUGCUACCUCGUCACCGAUCUCGACGUUCCGUCGGCGCAGGACGUCAAGAACUUGAGAUCACUCGCGGAAGGCGAAGAAGAAGCUAGAGAUAUCCUAGCUGCAUCGGAAGAGCACGUUUCUAUGGCAAAUGUCCUCUUCUGUGCCAACCAGAUAUUCUCUUCCAAAGCACCGAACUUCUUAUCUAGACGGCUGUUCAUAGUGACGGACAAUGACGACCCCUAUAGCGAUGACAAGGCUUUGCGAGCAGCUGCAACUGUUCGCGCCAAGGAUCUCUACGACCUAGGAGUAAUUAUUGAGCUAUUUCCCAUUUCUCGACCAGACCACGAGUUUGAUGCUUCCAAGUUCUAUAACGAUAUUAUUUACAAAGCCUCUCCGAUUGACGCGGAUGCUCCUGCAUAUCUGCAACUCGAAGCCAAGACACGACCAAGUGCUGGAGAUGGUAUCUCGCUGCUUAAUUCCCUUCUAUCCAAUGUCAACUCCCGGUCGAUUCCACGUCGUGCACUGUUCUCAAACGUGCCGCUGGAAAUCGGGCCAGGCUUCAAGAUUUCUGUCACGGGAUUUCUGCUAUUCAAACGUCAAGAACCCGCCAGGAGCUGCUAUAUCUGGCUUGGCGGUGAAAAACCUCAGAUCGCGAAAGGGGUCACCACGCUGGUUGCAGAUGAUACUGCCCGCACUGUGGAGAAAUGGGAGAUCCGCAAGGCUUACAAAUUCGGUGGAGAGCAGGUGUCAUUUACAACUGAAGAGCAGCAGGCACUAAGGAAGUUUGAGAACCCGGUGAUCCGUAUUAUCGGAUUUAAGCCUCUUUCCGCCCUGCCUUUCUGGGCUAACGUCAAGCAUCCAACUUUCAUUUACCCCUCGGAAACAGACUGCGUGGGUUCAACGAGGGUCUUCUCGGCGUUGUACCAGAAGCUAUUGAAGGAUGAGAAGAUCGCCCUCGUCUGGUUUGUUCCUCGGAAGAAUGCAGCGCCUAUCAUUGGCGCGAUGAUAGCAGGGACAGAACAUGUGGAUGAAAAUGGCGUUCAGAAGAUCCCACAGGGAAUGUGGAUCAUACCCCUUCCAUUUGCGGAUGAUGUUCGCCAAAAUCCCGAAACGACUCUCAAUGUGGCCCCGGAACCGCUUAUUGACCGCAUGCGAGUUGUUAUCCAGCAACUGCAGCUUCCAAAGGCCCAAUACGACCCUCUGAAAUACCCGAAUCCAUCACUUCAAUGGCAUUAUCGUAUCCUCCAGGCACUGGCGUUAGAUGAAGACCUUCCCGAGAAGCCCGAAGAUAAAACAGUACCAAAAUACAGACAAAUUGACAAGCGAGCUGGCGAAUACGUCCUAUCCUGGGCGGAGGAACUCGACUCCCAAUACGAGAAAAUAGCCGGAGCGGUCCUGAAGACCUCGACACUAGCCAAACGAGGCGCCAAAGACCGCCGCACAGAAGACGAAGGCGGUGGUCGCAGCCAUGCCACGAAGAAAAUCAAGGCAGAUGACGAACCGAACAGUGUCGAGGAUGAAGUACGCCGGAAUUUCGAAAAGGGAACUGUCUCGAAGCUUACAUUGCCCAUCCUGAAAGAAUUCCUUACAGCGCACGGCCGGUCAGCAGCGGGAAGGAAGGCCGAUCUCGUAGAACGGGUAGAGGAGAUGUUGGAGAAGAAAUAG